AUGAAAUCGUUUAAAGUUUCUAGUGGAACAAUGGAUUUCAUAAAAAAUUAAUCAAAAGAUGUGAAAUCGUCAUAAAUGAUAAUUGAUAAAGCGAAUGAGAUUGUAUAUUUAAAUAUAAGACAUAACAUAGUGGAAUAGAUGAAAAAAACCUAAAAUUAGUUAAUCAACAUCUUAUGAACCAUUUUUAAUUGAAGCCAAUAGUAAGUACAAUUGAAUAACCUAAUAAUCCUUUGCAAAAAAUACGAAAUCGUUCUAAAACUAAAUUUUAAUCAUUAUCACAUUCUUAAAUUAGUUAAGAGGUUGAGUCAAUAUAAAAUUCAUAUUAAUAUACAGAUUUACUUUAUGAGAAAGAUAAGGAGAUAAAUAAUUAAAAGAAUCAUAUUCAAUAAUUGACAGAGGAAUUGUAAAAAUUAACUGAAUUGUUUGAAACAGUUAGAAAUGAAAAUUAAUGUCUUAAAAAUUAAGUUGAUUAAAGUUAAAAUUAUCAAUUAAUCAUUUCUAAUUAAUAGAAACAGAUUUAGAAAUUGUAGUAAGACAAUAUUGAAUUAGAGAUGAUAUUAAAAAACACAUUAUUGUAAUAAGAAAGAUAGAAGUUUUAAUUUUAAUCUUCAAAAUAAUCAGUAAUAAUAAAGAGAAACUCAGUAAAUGCAUAAAAAUUAAAAUUAUUUGAACAUAAUUCUCUUAGUUUAAGCGAAUAAAUAAAUAAUUCUAAUAUAAAUAAAAGUUUUAUAUCUUGUCCUGAUAAUUAUAAUUAAAAAUAGAAAAGUCAUAGAACAAAUGAAAAAGUAAAAACUAAUUAAACUGUACCUACACUUCCUGAUUCAAAAAUAUAUUCGAAUGAUUAAUAUAAUAGAUUAGGAAAAGAAAAUAUCAAGUUGAGAUAUUGA